AACAAUGUUGGUUUGGUGUGAAAAAAAAUAUCCAGAUAAACAACGAACCCGCAGUGAUAAUGAAAUCAAACGGAACCCUAACUCGAACAACAACACCAACACCUGAACAACCGAUUCCAAUGGCGAGAUUCUCGAUCGGCGAAGAAGACGACGACGUUCCACUCACCUUCAAACGCCAGAGACUAUCCACGUCAGCCUCCGCAUCCGUUAACCGAUCCCACUCGCAACCGCAAGUUGUAACCGACGAAAUCGAUGAACAACAGGAGAAUAUUGAGAUUGAAGAUGUCGAAUCGGAUUCGGAAGGUUAUGAGGAGUUAGAACCGGAUGAUGAAGAAGAAGAAGAUGAUGAUGAAGUGGAAACGGAUGAAGAUGAGGAAGAGGUUGAGGUUUUGGUGCCGGAAGGAUGUGAUCAGCAGCAGAUGACGUCAUCAUCGGCGGCGGUGUUGCUUCGGGGAGUGGCGAGUGGUGUGGUGGCGAAUCGGAGUGGUUCGCCGGUGGUUAGUGAUGUGAAUGGAGAGUUGAAGGCGGUGUUGACGGAUCCGGAUGUGUUGGAUUGUCCGAUUUGUCUCGAUCCGUUGAGCACACCUGUUUUUCAGUGUGAGAACGGGCAUAUAGCAUGCUCCUUAUGCUGCUCUAAAGUGAAGAGAAAAUGUCCAUCUUGCUGCAUGCCGAUUGGUUACAACCGUUGCAGAGCUAUCGAAAAAGUCAUCGAAUCAGUCAAGGUAUCAUGCAAAAACGCUCAACACGGUUGCAAAACGACCAUAACUUACAGUCAAAAGACCGAGCACGAACAAAUGUGUCCCUUCGUCACAUGCUAUUGCCCUCACCCAUCAUGCCCCUUUGGCGGUACGUCAAGAAACAUGUACAUCCACUUCGGCAUCCAACAUGCGGUUUCCACCACCCGCUUCACCUACGACACCACCUUCUUUGUUCACGUAGCAACACAACAAAAACACAUUUUUUUCCAAGAACAACACGAGAGUGUUAUUUUUAUCCUCAAUCAUGAAGUUAAAGAACAUGGUCGAGCAUUGAGUGUCGAUUGUGUGGGCCCAAGCACGUUAAAAAGCUGUUUCGAAUAUCAGAUCACUGCUAGACAGUUGAAGUCGGUUCUUACGCUGCAAUGUGUACCGGAUGUAUAUACAAGGUGGUCUGAACAUCCACUCAAAAGGAAUUAUCUAACGGUUCCAUCUGACUUUUUUUGUUGUAGCGGGACUCUGCCUCUGCAUCUCUGCAUAAAGAAAACUGUAUUGCCCGAAUGAACAACAAUGUAUCGUAUGCCAAGUGUUAUCUUUUCUAGAAGUUACCGUACCCGAUUAGUAUGUGUAACUGCAAAUCUACCUUAACCUUUUAAGUUAUGUUUGAAUAAUGUUAAUGUACCGUUUGGAAUUCAUUUAUGUUAUGGUAUUUCUUGUGGUUAAAA